GCAUCGAUUAAACAUCUUUGGGAGGGGGGAUGUUGAGUUUAAAUCUUGUUGAAUUUACGAAGAAGGUUUAAUAAGAAAGGGAUUUCGAAACAUUAUCCAGUAAAUUUCCAUGCAAAAUUAUGGUAAAAAGUUUCAAAUUUAUUUUGCAUGCAUGGUGGCCUUUUAGGGAGUAUAGGUGUUUAUUUAAUAAAAUAAUGGAUUCAUUAUGGUGAUAUACUCUGACAGUACAUUAUAUAUGUAUGCACAAAUGCAUGUUUAUUUUAUUUGCAGUAAAGACUAGACUGACAAGACUGCAGCCAGAAUCAUCUUUCAUCCAUUACCUUUAUUUCAAAAGGCCAAUAGAUCAAAAUCAUUUAACUUUGUGCAAUAUCCAAGGACAAUGUCAACAGUAAAGAAAAUAUUGGUUUGGAAGAAACUAAUUAAACCAGCCAUGGAUAUAUUACACGAUUCUGGAUUUGAAAUUAAGAUUUGGAACAGUGAAAAUAAUUUCACAGAAGAAGAAUUGAUACAAAAUGUGAAAGAAAUACAUGGAAUCUAUUCCAUUGGUCCACAUAAAAUAACAAAACGUGUUAUAGAUGCAGCUAAGCAACUCGAAGUUGUUAGUGCCAUGUCAGUUGGCGUGAAUUUCCUCGAUAUUGGCGAGUUGAAGGCAAGAAAUAUAAGACUUGGUUAUACACCCGAUGUGCCCACUGAUGCAGUGGCUGAUAUUGCUGUUUCUUUGGUUUUGACAGUUUCUCGUAGAAUAAUUGAAAUGGCAGACACACUCAAAGUUGGUAAAUGGAAGACUGGGUGUCCAUUUUCAAAUCUUGGUACGGGUCUUCAAGGCAGCACUGUUGGUAUCGUUGGCUUGGGUAGGAUAGGAACUGCAACAGCUAAACGAUUGGUUCCGUUUGGUGUUUCUCGAUUUGUUUAUACUUGCAGAUCUGAAAAAAAAGAAGCUGCUAGGACGAUCAAUGCAUCCUAUAUUCCAUUUGAUGAUUUACUGUCACAAUCGGAUUUUGUAAUUGUGUGUUGUUCGAUGAAUCCCACAACAAAAGAACUGUUUGAUAAAGACGCCUUCUCCAAGAUGAAAUCAAACUCAAUUUUAGUCAACAUUGGAAGAGGUGGUAUAGUCAACCAAGACGCUCUUGUUGACGCUCUCACUGAAAACAAAAUCAAGGGUGCUGGCCUCGACGUAACAACACCUGAACCCCUGCCAGUUGAACAUCCACUAUUCAAACUUAAGAACUGUGUGAUCUUACCCCACAUCGGUAGUGCUGUGGAACAAGCAAGAACUGACAUGGCAGUAUUAGCUGCAAGAAAUCUUGUAUGUGGGUUAAAUGGUGAAAAGAUGCCGGCUGAAUAUCCGCUCUAAAGGUUUUAGUACGCACGUAUCGAAGGCAAAA